CCUGGACUGAGGGGCCGGGGCCGCGGUUCCGGUGCGCGGUGGAUCGGGACCGGGAUCGGGAUGAAUGAGGCGGAGGGGCUGCGGCAGCGGCGGCCGCUCCGCCCGCAGAUCAUCACCGAGGACAGCCCGGCGCAGGAGGCCAAGGAGGGCAGUACUUACAGCAGCAAGGUGUUCCGUGUUACCUUCCUGACUUUGGCUGUGUCUGUGGCUGUGCCACUGCUUGGAGUGACUGUUCUCCUGGAUUGUCCUAUAGAUCCUCAGCCCAUAAGCUUGAAGGAGCCUCCCCUCCUGACGGGUGUUUUAGAGCCCAACACCAAGUUACGGAAAGCUGAACGGCUGUGGGAGAACCGGCUGGUUGGACCAGAGUCCAUUGUCAAUAUUGGGGAUGUUCUGUUUACUGGGACAGCUGAUGGGAAGAUUAUCAAAAUUGAAGAUGGGGAAAUACAAACAAUAGCCAGAAUUGGCCAUGGCCCUUGUGGAGGCCGUGGAGAUGAGCCAACAUGUGGAAGACCACUUGGCAUGAGAGUGGGGCCAAAUAACACCCUGUUUGUGGCAGAUGCUUAUUAUGGACUCUAUGAAGUUGAUCCUGAUACAGGUGAAACAAAGAUGCUUGUGUCAACCAAAACACCCAUAGAAGGCCAGAAGUUGUCAUUUGUAAACGAUCUUACAGUGACCAGGGAUGGGAGGAAGAUCUACUUCACUGACUCCAGCAGUAAAUGGCAAAGACAAGACUACUUGUUCCUGCUUAUGGAAGGCACAGAUGAUGGGCGCCUCCUUGAAUAUGACACAGUGACCAAAGAAGUGAAAGUCUUAAUGGUGGGGCUGAGGUUUCCCAAUGGUGUGCAGCUCUCUCCUGCAGAAGAUUUUGUCCUGGUGCAGGAGACAACCAUGGCUAGAAUCAGAAGGUAUUAUGUGUCUGGGCUCAUGAAAGGUGGAGCAGAUAUGUUUGUUGAGAAUAUGCCUGGUCUUCCAGACAAUAUCAGGUUAAGCAGCUCUGGAGGAUAUUGGGUAGCUAUGGCAGCUGUGAGACCCAAUCCUGGAUUUUCUUGGUUGGACUUCUUAUCUGAAAAAACAUGGAUUAAAAGGAUGAUAUUUAAGUUGCUGAGUCAGGAAACUGUGACAAAGUUUGUACCCAAAUAUAGCCUUGUUGUUGAACUCAGUGAGACAGGAUCCUACAAAAGAAGCUUCCACGAUCCCACUGGAGUGACAGUGGCUUAUGUCAGCGAGGCACACGAGCACAAUGGGCACCUCUACCUGGGAUCCUUCCGCUCUCCCUAUAUUGGCAGGCUUGAUCUCCAGCACGUUUAACUGCCUGCCCAUGAUGAGUGCCACUGUCCUGUGCUACUCCAGAGGUGCAGAGGAAGCAUGUGCUUGAAGCAGUGUGUGACCAAAUGACAAAAAGUGUGACAAAAAGCGACAGUGUUACAGUGCACUGUGGCCAUAGGAAGAGAUACAGUUUGCUCUACCUGUCCUCUGUCCUGGCUGACUGCUCAUGCUCUGAAGUUGGCCUGUAUUACUGUUCAUAUCUGAGGACUAUGGGGAGGCAUCUUCAUUCAGUUCUUCGUUGCUCCAAGGAAAUCCAUUGAUUUUCCUGUGCCCAGCCUUGUUUGGAAUCAUCUUGAACCGACACCAUCAUGUCGCCUUUAAUGCAACUGUGUGUCCCCUUCCUCUGGAAGGAAUUGUGAUGGAUGGAGUUAAAUUGUGUGUGAUUUGGGUGGAAGAGGGUGGCUUGCAUGUGUUAAUUUCUGUUUUAGUGCCUCCUGUCCAGGAGGGAUUACAGUGCAUGUUCUAAUGUUCUACCAUGGUGCCGUGGUAGAGGCAGCAACAUCCAGGACAUGCCUAGGAAUCCAGUUAUGCCAUUGGGUUUCUUCAGUCCCAACCUGUGUAAGUAACAUCAGACAUUGCAAUUAACUGUUAAUCAACAUGCAGAA